GGGUCCUUCAGCUCGUUUGUGAAUGACAUCAUUUCUGUGAGAAGUGCGCUGGGAUACAAACAAGGGAGGCUGCUGCUCGCUAGCCUGCUAAUGCAAGGUCCUGUCGCACGAGCGCAAGACUGUCGAUCAGCCUCACUUUUCCACCACCCUCACAUUAGGCUGUAUUUAGGGAAGACAUAAUGGAGUUACGUGUUGGGAGUAAAUAUCGCCUUGGGCGAAAGAUUGGAAGUGGUUCGUUUGGCGAUAUUUACUUGGGUGCAAACAUCACAUCGGGAGAGGAGGUAGCCAUUAAAUUGGAGAGUGUGAAGACUAAACAUCCACAAUUGCAUAUCGAGAGCAAGUUCUAUAAGAUGAUGCAAGGUGGAGUGGGUAUUCCCUCAAUCAAAUGGUGUGGUGCUGAAGGGGACUACAAUGUCAUGGUGAUGGAGCUUCUGGGUCCAAGUCUGGAGGAUCUGUUUAACUUCUGCUCAAGGAAAUUCACACUUAAAACUGUCCUACUGCUUGCAGAUCAGAUGAUCAGCCGAAUCGAGUACAUCCACUCCAAGAACUUCAUUCAUAGAGACAUUAAACCUGAUAACUUCCUAAUGGGGCUCGGCAAAAAAGGAAAUCUGGUCUAUAUUAUAGACUUUGGCUUGGCCAAGAAAUACAGAGAUGCCCGCACACAUCAACACAUUCCAUAUCGUGAGAAUAAGAACCUGACUGGUACUGCCCGCUAUGCCUCCAUAAACACUCAUUUGGGCAUUGAGCAAUCUCGGCGGGAUGAUCUUGAAUCCCUUGGCUAUGUUCUCAUGUACUUUAACUUGGGUUCUCUACCUUGGCAAGGCCUCAAAGCAGCUACGAAAAGGCAGAAGUAUGAGCGAAUCAGUGAGAAAAAAAUGUCAACACCCAUUGAGGUUCUUUGCAAGGGCUAUCCAUCUGAGUUUUCAACCUACAUGAACUUCUGCCGCUCACUUCGAUUUGAUGACAAGCCAGACUACUCCUACUUGAGACAGUUGUUCAGAAACCUUUUCCACAGACAGGGAUUUUCCUACGACUACGUGUUUGACUGGAACAUGUUAAAAUUUGGCUCCAGCAGGACAGCAGAAGAAAAGGAGAAGGAACAGAGAGGAGAGGGAGAGGAGAGAGAAGAGAGGACUGGAGGUGGACCACCGGGUUCAGCAGCUCGUGCCCUUCCCUCUGGCCCCAACCUCCCAGCCCCUAACAGGGUCCGCAAUGGCCCAGAUCCAGCCAGUUCAACACCGGCCUCACGUGUUCCACAGUCUGGAAAUGCAUCUCCAAGAGCAGGUCGAGGAGCUGAGCGGGAAAGAAGAGUCUGUUUACGGUUACAUCGAGGCGCUCCUGCCAACGCCUCCCCUGAUCUGCCACUGCGCCACGAUCAAAUCCGCAUCACUCCCCCACAGGUCAGUGUUCCAUUCGAACACAUGGGGAAAUGAGUGCAACUUCUGUCAUUUGCUGUUUUUUUAGGAGGAUAACAACAGACAACUCCCCUAAAGCAUUUAUAUUCAUCUUUCUAUAUAAAAUGGGAGUGCGACACCGAGACUUAAAGGUAGACUGGAAGCAGGAAGAAAGGAAUCACAGCUUUGUAAUGGACAGCGUGCUCCCCGUCCUCACACAAUGCAGGUUGUUGCCGUUGGGAUGAGACGCAUGAAUCCAUUGUGGACAGUGGAUGAGAAGAUUUAUUGAGGACCACAAGGCCGAGAUCAAAAUCAGUGGAAGUGGAAAAUAGUAUUUUUACCACCAGCCCAAUAUGGUCGUUACUCUGACUGUUCUCAGUUUUGUCUGAAAUCCCGGGAAAGAGAUGGACGUGGUUGUUGGACUGUAAUGUUUAAAUUGAUUAUUGAUAGAGUGUAAGAAAUGUAUCCUUCGCACUGUUACUUUACAAAGAGAAGUGUUGUAUAUUGAUACCUUACUGACAUAUGAGAUUUCGUGGAACCAUCCUUAACAUGUAAAACAUUAAAUAUGCAAAAGUUAAGAAUUUCCAAGAAUGUAAUUAAUUUGUAAUGAUUCUGUGAAAUUAAUGGAUUAAAAACAUCAAUUAAAGGCUCUAGUGAGCCUAAAUAUCAAAUUGAGCAUUAAAACAGACCUGAAUUUAUUUCGUAAAAGUGCAAUGUGGUAUACAGAAAAUGUCUAAUGAAGACUUUUGCGUUUACGUUAGCCAUGAGUACUUCAUUUAUAAAUAAACGCACUCAUAUCAAA